CUGCAGAAAUUUAACCAGAAUAUUUUAUUCUGAAAACAGCAGACAGGAAGUAGUUUUUGGCAAGGAAUCCUGUCGUGCCAACCAGCUAGCUCAUUAGCUGGUUAGCUCAAUUUAACCAUAUUCCAAUAUUUACAGCUGAGGAGGGGGACAGCAAACGACGACAGGGAGAUUAGCCAGAUGAAAAGCUUUAGCUUGCCAGUCUUUGUUGCUAGGCAACAGCACUAUCUUCUGACUGUCUGAGGGAUAUACAGUAGGCACCAUGUUGGUCCCUAUAUUCACACUGAAGCUGAACCACAAGAUUAACCCUCGCAUGGUGACUGUUGGGAAAUUUGAUGGAGUCCACCCAUGCCUUACUGCAGCCACACAGGCUGGGAAGGUUUUUAUCCAUAACCCUCAUGCUCGUGGUGGGAAACCUGUAGCCCACCGACUGAGCCAGAGCACACAAGACUCUGACAUCUCACUCCUCAACAUCAACCAGGCAGUCACUUGUCUGACGGCAGGAACGCUGGGACCAAACACCACUGGGGAUGCGCUGUUGGUGGGAUCCCAGACCAACCUGCUGGCCUAUGAUGUCCAUGACAACGCUGAUAUAUUCUACAGAGAGGUGACGGAUGGAGCCAAUGCAAUUGUGUUAGGAAAACUCGGGGACAUCCCGAAUCCUCUCGCCAUCAUUGGAGGGAACUGCGCCUUACAAGGCUUUGACUUUGAGGGCAAUGACCAGUUCUGGACAGUAACUGGUGAUAAUGUCAGAUCUCUGGUGCUCUGUGACUUCACCGGGGAUGGGAAAAAUGAGCUCCUGGUAGGAUCGGAGGACUUUGACAUCAGGGUAUUCAAAGAGGACGAGCUUGUGUCUGAGAUGUCUGAAAAUGAGACGGUAACAUCGCUGUGCCAUAUGCAUGACAGCAGGUUUGGCUAUGCCCUUGCCAAUGGCACCGUUGGAGUUUAUGACCGCACCGCCCGCUACUGGAGGAUUAAGUCUAAGAAUCAUGCAAUGAGCAUCCAUGCCUUUGACCUUAACGCUGAUGGGGUGGUGGAGCUUAUCACUGGCUGGUCCAAUGGAAAGAUUGAUGCUCGUAGCGACCGAACAGGUGAGGUCAUUUUCAAAGACAACUUCUCCUCUUCUGUGGCCGGAGUGGUGGAAGGAGACUACAGGUUGGAUGGACAGACUCAACUUAUCUGCACCUCCAUAGAGGGAGAGGUCCGUGGUUACCUGCCAGCCAGUAAAGACCUUAAAGGGAAUCUGAUGGACUCCAGUGCUGAACAGGACCUGAUCAGAGAGCUCAGCCAGCGCAGACAGAAUCUGCUGCUGGAGCUACGCAACUAUGAAGAGAAUGCCAAGGGUGUGUCAGAGACAAACAAUGGGAUGGGUGUCAUACCAGCCAAUACUCAGCUCCAGACGGCGCUGUCAGUGAGACCUGCUACGGAGGCUCAGAAGGCUCAUGUAGAGCUCAGCAUUUCAACACCAAAUGAAACCAUUAUCCGUGCGGUGCUCAUCUUCGCAGAGGGGAUAUUUGAGGGGGAGAGUCACGUUGUCCACCCCAGCGCCCAGAACCUGUCGGGCUGUGUCCGAGUCCCCAUUGUUCCCCCAAAAGAUAUACCAGUAGAUCUGCACAUCAAAGCCUUUGUUGGAGGGAAAACUAGCACCCAAUUCCACGUGUUUGAAAUCACUCGUCAGCUGCCUCGUUUCUCCAUGUAUGACAUCACAGUGGACUCCUCAGCUGCUCCGCCCAGUGGAAGGGUCACAUUCAGCAUCAACGACCGACCACAGCGGGUGGUGAUGUGGCUGAAUCAGAACUUCCUGCUUCCAGAAGGAGUAGACAGUCCUGACAUUACUUUGAAUUCACUAAGAGGAGGGGGACUGUUGUCCAUCAGUAUGGCCAGCAGUGGACAGAUCACUCUGACAACGGAUGACAUCGACCUGGCAGGAGAUCUGGUCCAAUCACUGGCCUCCUUCAUGGCAAUAGAGGACUUGUCAGCAGAAGCAGACUUCCCCGGAUACUUUGAGGAGCUACGCACUACACUCACUGAGGUGGAUGAGUUCCACUCUGUCCAUCAGAAGUUAACUGCAGCCAUGGCCGACCACUCCAACUACAUCAGGAACAUGCUGGUGCAAGCAGAGGAUGCUCGUCUCAUGGGUGAGAUGACAACUAUGAAGAAGCGUUACAGAGAGCUGUACGAUCUAAACAGGGAUCUGGUCAACGAGUAUAAAAUCCGCUCUAACAACCACAAUGCACUGCUGGCCUGCCUCAAGUCUGUCAACCAGGCCAUACAGCGAGCUGGUAGACUCCGAGUGGGUAAGCCCAAAAACCAAGUUAUAUCUGCCUGUCGAGACGCCAUCAAGAGCAACAACGUCAACGCACUCUUCAGGAUCAUGAGAGCUGGCGCUGCGUCCUCCUGAGGCUGGAAGGAGUGGGGGGGCGGGGGAUGAUGAUGCAGGAACGGACAAAUAGAUUGAAAGUACAAGCACAACUGAUCAGUACUGUAAUGUUGAACUUCAUCUAUGUCAAGCAUGGCAGCAGCAAGGAUGUUUCCCCAUGGGACGAGACCUACACGUCCCAGGGACCCGCUGUUGCAGCCUUAAUCUAUCUUUUUCCAUGAUUUAGGAAGAAGCAACAGCAUGGCAGCAACAUUUAGCAACAGCUCCAUAAUACUUUUUACUGUGUGUGAAAUCUGACAUUCUGCUCGCUCAAAGACAUAACAUGCUGACCACAGGCUUUAGUGCACUAGUAAAAAUGUCAUCCAUCCCAGACUAAUCUCUGUGGCUGUCGGAA